AUGUCUGGCAGGCAGAGAAACAUACGCAAGAAGGCCCUGACGAGCUUCGAAGCCGAUGAGGAUGAGGAGCAGGCAGGGGCGGGAGGCUUUGGGCUGCCUCCCGCAGCCAAGGCAGCUCAGAGGGUCAGAAACAAGCAGCAAAAGGCGGAGAAGAAGGCGCUGCUGAGUUUUGAGGACGAUGCUGGAGGCGAGGAUGGCGGCGGACCGACCGCCAAGCCCAAGUCCAGCAAGCUCAAGGGCAUCGUGCGGGCACCCGGCGCAGCGGCGCCGCCGCCUGCAGACGAGCGUGCGCAGCGUGUCUACACUCAGAUGUCUGGCGCAGGCGAGUACACUGCGGAACGGCUCAAGGAGCUCCAGAACAAUGCACGCAGCGUGCCCGCCAGCGCCAAGCCAGCGGCGCCAGCCUUCAAGCUGUCUGGCAGCUUCAAGCCCGCAGCUCCCCCGAAGGACGAUCGGUUCCAGUACAAUGUCAGCGCAGCAGCAGUGGUGCGCCCGCCUGCAGAGGACCUGUCGCUGCAGCGCCCAAGCAGCCGCAGCCGUGGCGGCGGCGGUGCACCGCCGCCGUCGCUUACCCAGCAGGCUACAGCAGCAGCCGCAGAGGAUGAAGAUGAUGAGUCAGACAUUCCGGAUGAGGAGAUGAUUGCGUGGGCGAAGGCCAAGCGGGAGCGCCUACGUGGCGCCCACCUGGCGCCAGACUACAUCCCCACCGCAUCCCUGCCGCCGGGGCUCAGCAGGCUGCGUGACAAGAAGAAGGCUGAAGAGGAGGUGGUGGUGGCAGGGAGCGGGUCGGAAGGGGAGGAAGCGGAGGAGGAGAUGCGCAUCAAGUUCAUGGGGGCACCACCGCCGCCCCCUGGCGGACGGCACGGCAGAGGCAGGGGCGCCGGCGCGUCGGCAUCGGCGGCGGAGGCAGAGGAGGAUGGGGAGGAGGAUGAAGAGUGGGCGCAGGAGCAGAUCCGCAAGGGCAUGGGUGGCCUGGCGGCGCCUGGGGCCCCGCCGCCUGGCAGCCGACCUGGCUCUGCGGCAGGCGAGGGCGGCGUGCCAGGCAGCAGGCCGGCGGCGGCUGCAGCGCUGGCAGCCGGUGGCUCGCAGCAUGCGGCCAUCCAGGCGGCGGCGGCCGAGGUGUUGAAGACGCUGCAAGCGGGGCUGCAGCGGCUGCAGAUGUCUCGCAAGCAGGCAGACAAAAACUUGGAGCGCACGUCCAAUAGCCUGCAGAGCUCGCUGGCAGCCAUCACGCGGAUGGAGGGCGAGCUGGAGGCAGCCUCCAGCAAGUAUGUGCUGGUGCAGGGGCUCAAGGCAUACGUAGCAGACCUGUGCAACAUGCUGCAGGACAAGUCUCCGCUCGUGGAGGAGCUGGAGGAUGCCUUGCUUGAGCUGUGCGAGGGGCGAGCAGCAGCCAUGGAGCGGCGGCGGGCGGCGGGCGACGCCGAGGCGCACAGCCCCGCAGAGGCAGCAGUGGCGGCGGCCAUGGCGGUGCUGUCCCGUGGCGGUGCGCAGAGCGCAGCGGCGACGGCGGCUGAGGUGGCGGCAGAGGCGGCUGAGGAGAAGCUGCUGGGGCUGGACCUUCCGGUAGAGCUGGAUGAGUUUGGGCGGGAUAUGAAUGCGGAGAAGAAGGCGGAGCUGGCAGACAGUGCAUGCCGCUUGGUCACCAUCUGCAGGGCCAAGCAGCGGCGGCGGCGCCUCGAGGUGCUGGAGCAGCAGCUUGAGCAGCAGCAGGCAGGCGGCAGUUCAGCGCCGGCAGAGCCACGGUUUGGUGAGGACACCAGCGAGGAGUCGGAGGGGGAGGUGUCUCACUUCCGUGUGCGGCAGGGGGAGGUGCAAGAGGCAGCAGACGCAGUGUUCCGGGAUGCCGACGACGAGUUUGGCAGCCUGGCGGCGGUGAAGCGGCGGCUGGAGGAGUGGAAAGCGCGGCAGCCGGGCGCAUACCGCGAUGCCUACGUCUCCCUCUCUGCCCCCGCCCUCUUUGCGCCCUUUGUGCGCCUGGAGCUGCUCAAGUGGCGCCCGCUGCACGGCGGCGACGCGGGCUUUGAUUCGCAGCAGUGGUACCAGCAGCUGUUUGACUACGGAAUGCCGCAGGAUCCAUCUGACCUGGACCCUACAGACCCCGAUGCCAACCUGGUGCCGCAGCUUGUGCAGAAGCUGGUGUUACCGCUUGCCAGGCAGCUGCUGGCGGGGGUGUGGAGCCCUUACAGCCGCCGGCAGAGCCAGGCAGCUGCGGCAAUGCUGGCAGACCUACUGGUGUAUGUGCCGGCAGAGCAGGAGGAGCUGCAGGAGGUGGUGCGUGCGGUGCAGGCCAAGCUGGAGGAGGCAGUGGGGGGCCUGGCGCUGCCGGCCUGGCCACCCGCGGCCCUGGAGACGUCCCGGCGUGCCGCCAUCCACCUGGCACAGCGCUUUGGGCGUGGCGUGCGGCUGCUGGCCAGCGUGUGUGCUUUUGACGGCGGCCUGCCACGGAGCGCGCUGCAGCGGCUGGCAUUGGAGCGGCUGAUGGCGCAGCAUCUGCUGCCAUAUGCGCGGGCAGCGGCUGCCACAUCGGCAGUAGCGGCAGACCGUGCCGCUCGCAUCGUGGCAGCACUGCCAGCAGACUGGUUCCACAGCGGCACCCCACCUCCCCGUGGCAGCGAGGGCAUCGCCGAGCUGCUGACUACGCUGGCGCGGAGAAUGGAGGUGUACUGUGGCACACCGCCCGCCGCGGCGGCGACAAAGGGCUUGAGCCAACCCACGCCUGCUGCCAGCCGGAUAGUGGAGGGCAAGGAGAAUGUGGCGCCCGCCAACACUCCAUUCGGUGGACCACAGCUGCCACAGUUUGCUGCCAACAAGAAGGAGCACCCAGAGCGGAGGCCACUCGUCGACGUGACGCAGCACUAUGCUGCCUCCGCCACGCGCAUUUGCAUUGGCGUGCAGGGCGGCUGCUUCAGCAUGGACACUUCCACCACCUGCCUCACAACCAGCUGCCGCCAGGAAGCUGCAUUUGUCCUGGAGUCGGGAGAAACUGUGGCAGCGGCGGCUGCCAAGGCGCGCAUGGCAGCGGCCAAACGGCAUGCGCUGCGGUUUGCCAUGCGCUGAGCAGGCACCAAACACCUGAGAGCAGAGCCGAUGCACACUUGUUAGCUCAGCCUUGCACACUGUUAGCUCAGCCAUGCACACUGUUAGUUUAGACCUAUCAAAGCGCUACCUCCCCCAGUUGCAUGUUGUUUUUAAGAGCUAUAGUUGGACCUUUCUCCGCCUAAACAACAGCAAGCGCUUCGCUUGCUUCAUUCUUUCGCUUCCUCGGGCAUUCUGUUUUUUUCAAAGUUAAUAAGUUGUUUGAGGAUUGCUUAUGUAUGCAUGCAUUGGGACAUGCAUUCUGCUGUGCAAUUUGCUGCAAUACCAUAUA